AUGUCAGAGCGUUUUCACUUCAGCAGGAGACUUAACGGGACUCAACGCUGGAAGUCAACAUUACCUCCAGCCUGGCAUUUCCAGGCCCAAUUCACGAUUUGCUGGAAUCUCGGUAGAUGUGGUCGAUCUCGUUCCGGCUCAGCCUGGCUCAAGAGCAAGAUUGCUGUAGUCACCUUCCUCUCACCUACCGCCAGUCCACCUUGGAUUGACAUUGCCAUGAAGCCCUCGUGCGUUGUGGCCUUCUUGUUUGCUUUGGCUUUCAAGGCCGGUGUGUCUGCCGACACCCUUCGGGUCGACGCCGGAACAGACGUCGCGGAUGCCGGAGGAACGGAAACCGCGGAAGCGUGCCAGUCUGGGAGCCUGAUCCAACGCCUGAGCUCAUCCCAUAAGGUGCUGUCCGACACGGAGGCGAUGCCAGCGGAGUCCCUCAAGACACCAGAGAUCAAGGAGAAGAAGAAGAAGAAGAUGAUGAAGAAGCAAAAGUCGGACAAGAAACACGCGGAUUUCAUGGCCUUUCUCGCCGAGGCAAAAAAGGAUGGGCCUGGGCAUCCCGAGGGCUCUGAGUGCGAGCCGGCAGGAGCUCCGCUAUUGGGCGAGAACAGGGCAAAGUUCGAGCUGCUUUCGCAGAAGGUCUCCGCCCUCGACCUGGACCCUGUCCUCGCCCGCCUUGUCAAGAAGAACGAUUACGCGCCCAAGCUUGCGAAGAGGGCCGCUGAUGAGUACCGGAAGUUCCUUGUCUUGAUGGGCAUGGGGGAGACACCGAUCGCCUCCCAUAUGGUUCUCGACGCCUGGCAUUCACACAUCAUGUACACGAAGAUGUACGAGCGGGACUGCCAGGAGGUAUUUGGCCACCAGCUGGAGCAUGACCCCCUUGGUCAGCAAUUGGAAGAAAGUCGCCUGAAGCAGACGCAGCAGCAGAUCUGUGAUUACUUCGGCAUGGUUGACCGACUUGUGUGGUCGGCAGCAAAGCCAGCUGCUCUCUCGGAGAGCACGGACCCUUCUGACACAGCGGCCAUCAUGGAUCAGUGGCUGGACCACAUCAACGAGGAGGUUGAACUCCGCAAAGGUCUCCUGGCAGAGAACGUCCACGUGAUGGUGGCUUCACAGCACACCAACACGGCCGUGACGCACACGGGCCUCGAGAACGCUCUGUCCUUCUUCCACCACUACAGCCAUGCCACCAGAGCCCGGAAGUUCCUGUCCGUGGACCACGAGGCCUUUGCCAUCGAGAUUGAGAAGGGCAAGCGCAUGGGGGCCGACAUCUUCGAGGUGGACUCCGAGGGGAAGAUUCUGGACGUGAAGAUCUUCAUGGCCACCCUUUUCAAGGACGUAGACGACCUCAACGACGCAGGGCUCGAGAAUCUCACCUUGCACUACACGGGCAACGGAUCCAUGGCCAGGAACACUUACCCCCUACAAGCGAUGGUCCAAGUCGGGGAGGCAGGCGUCGCUUUGACCAAAGCCGCCAUGGAGACGUGGAUGCUCAAUUUCAACAACAACGCAGCUGAGAAGCACGACCUUCUGGCGGCCGACGUGCGCCUGACGCAUAUGUCGCAAGUGACCGAUGCGCCUGAAACUCGUGACGGGAAGGCUGAAGUGAUAGACUUCUUCCGCGACUUCGAAAAUGCCACUGGGGCUCGAGAGUUCCUUUCCGUGGACGGAGGCGCCUUCAUGAUCGAGAACAAGGGCAAUAACCUCCACCCCCGGAUGGGACUCUUGAUUUUCGAGGUGAACCCCGAAGGCAAGAUCCAAGACAUCAAGAUUUGGGUGGCCUCCCUGCAGGGGGACAGAGACGACUUGAGCGACAGCGGCCUGACUAGCGUCGCGCCGUCGCUACUGGACUCACGCGGAGAGGGGGCCUCGGUUUCGGGCGCGACUGAGCCUGCUGUGUGCCAGCAAUCCGGCAGCCGACCAUCGCUGCAGCAGAUGCAGCGGUUCAACGCGUCGGUUGAAAAGGUGAAAGCGCUGGACCUGGAUGCUGUCGUGGCAGUUCUCGUGAAGAAGGACGGCUACUCGCCCACGAAGGCAGCAGAGCUCGCGGAGGAAUACCGCAAGUACCUGGCCCUGGUGAGCAUCGGUCUCAGCCCCGUGCCGUCGAAGAAGGUGGAUGAUGCAUGGCACGCCCACAUCCUAAACACCAAAAAGUACCAGGCAGACACCCGCGCUCUGUUGGGCCACUUCCUCCAUCACGAGCCGGCGAACCUUCUCUUGGAGCAGCAGGGCCUCAAAGAGCAGAAAUCGUCCAUGGACAACAUGUUCUUGCGCACCAAGAUGCAGCUCUGCGACUACUAUGGCCGCGUCGAUGAAGCGGCGUGGUCCAAGGAAGACGUUGCUCUUUGCGCCCAAUUCACGAUUUGCUGGAAUCUCGGUAGAUGUGGUCGAUCUCGUUCCGGCUCAGCCUGGCUCAAGAGCAAGAUUGCUGUAGUCACCUUCCUCUCACCUACCGCCAGUCCACCUUGGAUUGACAUUGCCAUGAAGCCCUCGUGCGUUGUGGCCUUCUUGUUUGCUUUGGCUUUCAAGGCCGGUGUGUCUGCCGACACCCUUCGGGUCGACGCCGGAACAGACGUCGCGGAUGCCGGAGGAACGGAAACCGCGGAAGCGUGCCAGUCUGGGAGCCUGAUCCAACGCCUGAGCUCAUCCCAUAAGGUGCUGUCCGACACGGAGGCGAUGCCAGCGGAGUCCCUCAAGACACCAGAGAUCAAAGAGAAGAAGAAGAAGAAGAAGAUGAUGAAGAAGCAAAAGUCGGACAAGAAACACGCGGAUUUCAUGGCCUUUCUCGCCGAGGCAAAAAAGGAUGGGCCUGGGCAUCCCGAGGGCUCUGAGUGCGAGCCGGCAGGAGCUCCGCUAUUGGGCGAGAACAGGGCAAAGUUCGAGCUGCUUUCGCAGAAGGUCUCCGCCCUCGACCUGGACCCUGUCCUCGCCCGCCUUGUCAAGAAGAACGAUUACGCGCCCAAGCUUGCGAAGAGGGCCGCUGAUGAGUACCGGAAGUUCCUUGUCUUGAUGGGCAUGGGGGAGACACCGAUCGCCUCCCAUAUGGUUCUCGACGCCUGGCAUUCACACAUCAUGCCGCCAGUGCCUGUAAUUUCGCGCGAGACCAGGUACACGAAGAUGUACGAGCGGGACUGCCAGGAGGUAUUUGGCCACCAGCUGGAACAUGACCCCCUUGGUCAGCAAUUGGAAGAAAGUCGCCUGAAGCAGACGCAGCAGCAGAUCUGUGAUUACUUCGGCAUGGUUGACCGACUUGUGUGGUCGGCAGCAAAGCCAGCUGCUCUCUCGGAGAGCACGGACCCUUCUGACACAGCGGCCAUCAUGGAUCAGUGGCUGGACCACAUCAACGAGGAGGUUGAACUCCGCAAAGGUCUCCUGGCAGAGAACGUCCACGUGAUGGUGGCUUCACAGCACACCAACACGGCCGUGACGCACACGGGCCUCGAGAACGCUCUGUCCUUCUUCCACCACUACAGCCAUGCCACCAGAGCCCGGAAGUUCCUGUCCGUGGACCACGAGGCCUUUGCCAUCGAGAUUGAGAAGGGCAAGCGCAUGGGGGCCGACAUCUUCGAGGUGGACUCCGAGGGGAAGAUUCUGGACGUGAAGAUCUUCAUGGCCACCCUUUUCAAGGACGUAGACGACCUCAACGACGCAGGGCUCGAGAAUCUCACCUUGCACUACACAGGCAACGGAUCCAUGGCGAUGGUCCAAGUCGGGGAGGCAGGCGUCGCUUUGACCAAAGCCGCCAUGGAGACGUGGAUGCUCAAUUUCAACAACAACGCAGCUGAGAAGCACGACCUUCUGGCGGCCGACGUGCGCCUGACGCAUAUGUCGCAAGUGACCGAUGCGCCUGAAACUCGUGACGGGAAGGCUGAAGUGAUAGACUUCUUCCGCGACUUCGAAAAUGCCACUGGGGCUCGAGAGUUCCUUUCCGUGGACGGAGGCGCCUUCAUGAUCGAGAACAAGGGCAAUAACCUCCACCCCCGGAUGGGACUCUUGAUUUUCGAGGUGAACCCCGAAGGCAAGAUCCAAGACAUCAAGAUUUGGGUGGCCUCCCUGCAGGGGGACAGAGACGACUUGAGCGACAGCGGCCUGACUAGCGUCGCGCCGUCGCUACUGGACUCACGCGCGACUGAGCCUGCUGUGUGCCAGCAAUCCGGCAGCCGACCAUCGCUGCAGCAGAUGCAGCGGUUCAACGCGUCGGUUGAAAAGGUGAAAGCGCUGGACCUGGAUGCUGUCGUGGCAGUUCUCGUGAAGAAGGACGGCUACUCGCCCACGAAGGCAGCAGAGCUCGCGGAGGAAUACCGCAAGUACCUGGCCCUGGUGAGCAUCGGUCUCAGCCCCGUGCCGUCGAAGAAGGUGGAUGAUGCAUGGCACGCCCACAUCCUAAACACCAAAAAGUACCAGGCAGACACCCGCGCUCUGUUGGGCCACUUCCUCCAUCACGAGCCGGCGAACCUUCUCCUGGAGCAGCAGGGCCUCAAAGAGCAGAAAUCGUCCAUGGACAACAUGUUCUUGCGCACCAAGAUGCAGCUCUGCGACUACUAUGGCCGCGUCGAUGAAGCGGCGUGGUCCAAGGAAGACGUUGCUCUUUGCGCUUCUCGCAGCUGCAAAUCUGGCAACCGUUUUUUUGUGUUUUUUUCUGUUUGUGAGUUCCUUUUUUGA